CCCUUAGUGGCCACAGCCUCGUUUGAGCCUCAACCAGAGCAGCAGGGAGAGGCUGGAACCUUUGAACUUUGGGAGCUCCGAAGUCAAGAUGUGGAUGGGGAGAAGGAAAGCCUCCCUCAAACGUCCUACUGUGUGUGGUGUGGGGACAGUAGGAGCCAAGGCCUGGAGAUGGGAGGAACAGGUGUGGGAGCCCAUGGAGGGAAGGCAUUAGUGAGCAAGACAGCCGCCCUGCCUUCCAGCUUCAGCCUCCCGGUACCCUGUCCUUGCCAGCACUUUGGAUGAGAAACGGGGGCCGUGUCUAGGGGCCGCCAUUCCUCCUUCAGAAUGCCCGAGGGCCCAGAGCUGCACCUUGCCAGCUGUUUUGUAAAUGAGACGUGUAAGGGGCUGGUGUUUGGCGGGUGUGUGGAGAAGUCCUCUGUCAGCCGAAACCCCGAGGUGCCCUUCGAGAGCAGUGCCUACCAUAUCUCAGCCUUAGCCCGAGGCAAGGAGCUGCGCCUGACCUUGAGCCCCCUGCCUGGUGCCCAGCCCCCUCAGAAGCCACUGUCCCUUGUCUUCCGCUUUGGUAUGUCUGGAUCCUUCCAACUGGCACCUGCAGAUGCCCUGCCGCCCCAUGCCCAUCUACGUUUUUACACGGCCCCACCCGCCCCCCGGCUUGCCCUUUGCUUCGUGGACAUCCGACGCUUUGGCCACUGGGACCCUGGGGGUGAAUGGCAGCCAGGCCGUGGACCCUGUGUCUUGCUGGAGUAUGAACGGUUCAGGGACAACGUACUUCGGAACCUGUCAAACAAAGCCUUUGACCGGCCCAUCUGUGAGGCCUUGUUGGACCAGAGAUUCUUCAAUGGCAUUGGCAACUAUCUUCGGGCAGAGAUCUUGUACCGGCUGAAGAUCCCCCCUUUCGAGAAGGCCCGGACAGUUCUAGAGGCCCUGCAGCAGUCCCGGCUGAGCCCAGAGCUGACCCUGAGCCAGAAGAUCAAGGUCAAACUGCAGAACCCAGACCUGCUGGAACUGUGUCACUUGGUGCCCAAGGAAGUGAUUCAGCUGGGGGGCAAAGGUUACGGGCCAGACCGUGGAGAGGAAGAUUUUGCUGCCUUUCGAGCCUGGCUGCAGUGCUAUGGCGUGCCAGGCAUGAGUUCCCUACGAGACCGGCAUGGCCGUACCAUCUGGUUCCAGGGUGAUCCCGGACCCUUGGCACCCAAAGGGGGCAGGUCCCGAAAAAAGAAGCCACGGGAGACACAGCCGGGGGCUGGAGACAAGGAAGAGGACCGUCCGCUCUCAGGCAAGUCUAUUUCCAGGACUCAGAGGGCCAGGAAACACCCUCCUAAGAGUAUAGCUCAACAGUCUGAAGGGACCAGCCUCCAACGAAGCCGAGAAACCCCCACAGCCCCCAAGAAAGGAAAGAGAAGGGGGCGACCGGAAACCACAGGUGGCCCUGCCUCCCCUGCUCUCCCCACAGGUGGCCCUGCCUCCCCUGCUCUCCCCACAGGUGGCCGCAGACCCAGGAAGAGCAAGGCUGAUAGGAAGAGCAAGGCUGAUACCCGAUCCCGGGAGGCUGGGGGAACUUCAGCCUCCUAGAGGGAGGUUCCCUUGCUUGGUGUGUCCUUCCCUGCUGCCUUGCUGUGAUCUGAUCUCUGGAGGCUGUGUUGGUAGGGUGGUGUACCCCAGGCCCUGUGACUUUUCCUGCACAACCUUUUUGAAGCAGGGUCUCAUAGGUCCUAGGCUGGCCUUGAGCUCAUGUGUACCCAAGGAUGACAAGGAACUCCUGAUUGAUCUUCCUGCCUUCAUUUCCAUAACUGCUGGGAUUACAGCUGUGAGCCACACA